AGCAGUAGAACGACUGACAUCAACUGAAAGCUGAUCGCCGUCGCACGAGUAAAGAAAUCUCGCCUUAAGUAUUCUUUAAUCUUUAUUAAAUUGGUCAAGUUCAACAGUGCUUUUGAUCGUAAAAUUAUUAUUUUUAUAAUAAUGAGCUAUAGCGCAUUACAAUGUUCAGGAUACUAAGAAAUAUUGUUGUAGUAGUGGUUUUUGCAAUGAAGUGCGUUGGACUUAAUACAGCUUCUGAUGAAUCUAAUGUGGCUGAAAUAAAAAUGGAGCGAGAAGAUCUCCAACUAGAAUCCAGAAUAAAAGGCCAAAACGGUAACCAACAAGGAAGCCUAACCCAAAGAAUCUUACCAAUGAUGAUCAUCCCCUUUUUACUAUCUUCCAUACUUAUACCUCCAAUGCUGUUUUCCAUCGCUAUUUUGUUCGUUAAAGCAGCUCUAACAGCAAAAAUCGCCGUCAUUUUAAUGCUAAUCAAUUGCUUUAGACGAAGAACUAGAGGAGGAGGAGUAUUUGAUCAUUACGUUAAUGAUAAGGACUCGAGGAAUGAUUUAGUAAAGGAGCAUUAUGGGUAUCAGGGGGUUGAAGAGCCAGGGAUUUAUGUGCAUAAAAAAAGGAGAAAAAGGGAUGUUUAUAAGAUUUAAAUAUUGUAUAAAUAUAUGUUUAUAUAAGCAAAAAUA